UCUCCUUUGCGAACAGCUUCGUCAGUUUGACGUUGUGCUAUGUUAUAAUUGUUAUUACUAAGAGUCACCGCCUGAAUCCCGAAGAGGAGCCAAUCGCAAACUGCUCAAUUGAUCUUUGUUGCCCGUCUAAUUUCCAACUCCCCGGAUCCUCAAAUAUAAGAGGCUCAAAUAUAAUACCCCGCGUACCGACCUGGAGGAUACCAAGCUAUUAUCACGAUACCUAUAACCUAUAACACAUAUUCAAAGCAAUCAUAUUCAAGUGGCUUACACAUUAGACUCGCCUAUUCACACUUUGCACAUUUCUCAUAACCACGUGCAUACAUACAUACCUAGAGUUAUACAGAUCUUGUAAUACUAGAGACAAGACUUCAUCCCAAAGCAUCGGACGGACUACUUACGAUAUAAAGAAGUAUCGGAGCAGUCGAAAGAAUCGAUAAAACCCCGCACUACGCACACGUACAUAUAAUCAUAAAACCGCAGCCAUGAAGAUUAUUUCGAAAGAGGAAGAAAAAGCGCACUACAGCCAAGUGCUAAAGGGCGGUCUCAUCGGUGGCACCCUAGGUCUCGGUGCCGGGUUAGCUGGCGUCAUGCUCGCAUCACGACGGUACCCAGCCUUCCGAUCGCUCACGCUCCCCUUCCGCGCCUUCCUCGUCACAUCCACCGGCACCUUCGGCGCCAUCGUCAACGCCGAGCGGUACUCCAACGCCUUCCACAAGGCCAACAACCCCAUGAACUUCUACGUCGACGAGGCCCAGCGCACGCAGGAGCUCAUCCGCCAGCAGGAGACCAGCUGGGAGCGCCUGUCCGCCUGGGCCCGCGAGAACCGGUACUCCAUCGUCUUCGCCUCCUGGGUCGCCGCCAUGGGCGUCGCCCUCGGCGUCGUCGGCCGCAACAGGUACCUCUCCAGCUCGCAGAAGCUCGUCCAGGCCCGCAUGUACGCCCAGGGCCUGACGCUCGCCGUGCUCGUCGCCACCGCCGUCUUCGAGACCUCCGACGCCCGCUCCGGCACCGGCCGCUGGGAGACCAUCAAGGUCCUCGACCCCAACGACCCCGAGCACAAGACCCUGAUCGAGAAGCGCGUCCACAAGGAGGAGUACGAGGGCCAGGACCUGUGGAAGGAUAUGGUCGCUGCUGAGGAGCGCCGGCUCGCGGCGCAGAAGACGCAGAAGGGAAAUUCGCAAUAGAUAGGCGGCUGGUGGGUGGUGGCGGCGGCGUUCUUCAACUGCCGGGGAAAGGGAUAAUAAUAGAAGACGUGAUGGGGGCGGACUGCUAGGCUAGGAUAAAGUGUUAUAUCUGCCGAGCGUGUAGAGCGGUUAGGCAUUUCCGUUGCGUCCCGGAUAAUGGAUUCACCUGCAUAUUUUCCUUUGCAUCGAUCAUAGUCCCGGAGUUUCGGCCAUGUGCGGCUGGGUUGGGUUGGGUUGGGUUAGGCGAAUCUCGUCAUUUCGCUCGUCUCUUUCUCUCUUCAUGUACAUACAAAUUACAAAAAGCGGACGAGCAAGCGUAGGCGACUAUGUGGUUUACUCUACGUUGUGUCGUCGCCGAACGUAGAGACUUAAGGGAGGGAGUGGAGGAGGAAGGGAACGAAAAAAAAGGAGGCCAUGGAUAUUUUCCUUUUUUUCUUUUCUUUUUGGCAUAUUAAGGGGGCGAAGGCGAUAUGACUGAUAGACGAUGAUGAUGCAUCAUGUUUUAAUAUUAUAUAUAACAUAGACCAUAUUAUUUCAAGGUACUAGACUUG